GUUUAGUAGGCGGGCGCUGAGCAAAUAUUGAGCGCUUCCGGUUUUUGUUUCUUGGGCGUUUAAAAUAUUUUAAGUCGCGAAUCUGUAACUUAGUCGUCAUGUCGAACAACAACGCCACCAGUACGAGCCUGGCCGUCGCUCACAAGGCUGUGAAACAGCUGCGGCUCGAAGCCAGUGUCCGCCGAAUUCAUGUCUCCCAGGCAGCUACAGAUCUGAAGAAUUUCUGCCUCCAGAACGCUCAUAAAGACCCUUUGCUGAUGGGUGUCCCAUCCGGCGAUAACCCCUUUCGCCCUCCCAAAUCAUGUGGCCUGCUCUAAGGUGAUGGUCAUCCAAGAAGACUCCAUGGAGCAACACGUACACACCCACAAACACACACACACACACACACAGCUCUUCCUGCUGGAUGUCUUGCUCCUACACUGUACAUGAUCCCUAAAUUGCAGUAUCACAUUUACACUAAACAGGUCCUGAAAGAAAGGCCCACUUCCUGCCUUCUCAGUGCUUUAGACACUAUAGAUAACUGAUUAAAAAUAAUUAACUUCUACUUUUAAACAUGGGAGAAAAGUUAUGAAAAAAGAGACCUUGGUGUUUGGGAUUUAAAAUGCUGAAGUGGAUCAUUCAGAGCAGGAUUGUACUGUUACUUUUUUUUUGGGGGGGAGUUAAUGUUGCCACUUCUCACUAGUAUAUUAAGACAGAAUCCUUCCACACACUUACAGACUCUCUUUACGUACUGUAGUUGCAAGACUUCAGGUAGCUCUGAAGUUUAAUGUUCAUUUUGCUUGGAGAAACAAAGUUCUGCAUCAUUUUACGAAUCUGUGUCAGGUGAUUAAACUGCUAGCAAAACAUGCUCUGUUAUGUAAUUUAACGCUUGUCCUGAUACUGUAGUGUUACAGUGCUGAUAUCAGUUUUUCGGUCAGGUGCGUGAAAUUAUAAAGUCAUCAGCUUUUUAAUGGGUUUCUGAUUGUCCACUGAAGAACAUUACUAUAAUGUACUAUAAGCGUUUCAGCUGUUAUUACGUCUACCGUAAACACACUACACAGACAGAAGCUUAAAUCUAGAAACAUUAAGACCCAGUGUUUAAUAAAGUAUGAAAGAGCUACCAGUAAAUCCUAUCUCAUCUGGAGAACACGAGAGGAAGAACAUUGUUUUUAAAACAGUGUUAGGAACGAGCACAUUAGUAGCGGCUUCUUCGUUGUAUGAGGCGCAGCAACCUGCCUUGUGGAAGCUUUUCCACCUUUUUCAUAAACUUCACCUUCUAGCAUUGAUAUGAAGACAAAUAGAAGAUAUUUAGAUAAAUGUUGGGAGAGGUUGUUAGAGGUUAUUAAAGGUUUCUAACACCAGGGUGCAGAUUUUCCAAAGUGAUUCUUUUGAUACAAAUUUAUUAGCAAUUGAUUUACAUCAAAAAGAUUGGAGUGUUGGUCUACUGACUUAUAUUAGUAUUAUUCUCCACAUGUGUUUUGCUCAUCAUCAUUAAACCCUAAUCCACACACAUUCCUGAUCACAUGUGCAAAUUAUGACACUAUAUAUGUGCUGUGUUUUGUACACACACACUUACACAUACAUACUCUCUCUCUCUUUCUCUCUGGAUAUGCAAGCUGGAUAAUUACUAAUCGUUGGGUAGAAAGAUUUAUAACACUACAGAGACUUUAACACUGCAGCAUAAAUUCUUUGUGUUUUGGGUGAUUUUUUUUUCUUUCUAAUUUAGUUUGUAUUUUCACGUUCAGUAAAGUAUGAAAAAGAAACUCUAAUCCAUUCAUUGCUGAACCUUAGACCUUUUCUUAAUUAUUGUUUGUUUGUGUUUAGUGAGACUCUACAAUCAGUGUGCCUUACAGUGUCAUUGUAAAUUUUUCAGUAAAUCUACACACUUUACCUGUUA